AAAACGAAAAUGGCUUCUCAAGCACGAGAUCUUAGAAGGUUUGUGGAAUUUGGACGCAAAAUUAUCGGCGUGGGUAAAAACUACAGGCCCAACGGAUCGCCACAACAGCCCCCUCCUGCUCAAGAUCCCCUAAUUUUUUUAAAACCACCGUCAACAUAUUUGAGUCCAGGGGGGGAAAUUAAGAUCCCAGUGGGCCGUGAUCAGAUUUAUCAUGAAGUAGAACUUGGAGUUGUGAUUGGCAAAACUGGCAAAUCUAUUUCAGAGUCUCAAGCCAUGGAUCAUGUAGGGGGGUAUACCCUGGCUUUGGAUAUGACUGAUUUUGAUCUUAUAGUUGAAAAAAAUGAAGCCAUAAAACUUACCUACCCAUGGGCACUUGCCAAAGGUUUUGACACAGCAACACCAGUCAGUGAAUUUAUACCCAAAUCAGCGAUUACUGACCCAAACAAUGUGAAACUAUGGUUGAAAGUUGAUGGGGAAAUGAAGCAAGAUGGAAAUACACAGGAUAUGAUUUAUAAGAUACCUCAUUUAAUAAGUUUUGUCAGCCGUUACAUGACAUUGGAGGAAGGGGAUUUGAUUUUGACAGGAACUCCAGAGGGAGGUUCUCCAGUGAAAAGGGGUCAGACAAUAAUUUGCGGACUUGGUGAUAAGAUGGAAAUGACUUUCCCUGUGUCAUCAUAAAGGGCUGAUCUAACAUGUUUAGGAUUACAGAUCUAGUUGGAAGGGUUAGUAAAUAAAAUAUUUCUUUCAGGGGUGUACAACCCCAUAAAAAUGAUGAGUGUGUUGAUCUCUCCAAAACAUUAAAAAACACGCCUGAAAUGCACCAACAUCUUGCUUUCUAUCACCAAGUGAUACCAACAAUAGAAAUGCUACAUCUUGAUCUAAAAUCACAAAUGAGAUGAUUAAAAAUAUAUGGGUGAGUUUCCAUAACCCUUUCACUCCCACAAGUGACCAAGACAGAAUUUCUCCUUACAAUAUCAAUACAGUAUCAAUCAGGCAGGUGAUGAGAAUAGAGAAGAAUAUCAAUUAUGGAAUUAUUAGUUGAUCUUUUACCAAAUUCUCUUAACUAACAUCAGAAGAAUUGUAUGGCAGAUAGUAAGGAGAAUUACUAAUUAGAUCUUGUGAGUGAAAGGGUUAAAAGCUGAUAUUUUCUCAUUACAAUUAUUUUUGUUUUGUCAGAUCUGUGACAUAGCAUACUCUUAACCCUUCAAGGCCCACUAGUGACCUAGACAGAAUUUCUCCUUACAUUAUCAAUAUGAUAUCAAAUAGACAAGUAAUGAGAAUAAAGAAAAAUAUCAAUUGGGGGAUUAUUGGUUGAUUCACUUCCAAAUUCUCCAAGUCAACAUCACAUAAAUUGUAUGACAGACAGUAAGGAGAAUUACUCAUGAAUUCUUGGGAGUUAAAAGGGUUAAAAGCUCUGAUCCUUACCACAAAAAUGGAAGGUUAAAUUGCUUUAAAUUUUACAUUGCUAAAUAUUAAAAAUUAAUUGCAUUGUUGCAAACAUUCCAUGUGUUAGAAAGUAUCAAUUGUUUUAAACUUUCUCUGUCCAAAGAACUAAAAAUUUUUUAAAAUCAGAUCAAGGUUAAUGCACACACUUAAUAGUUACUUAAAAUGAAAUGAAAAAAAUGUACAAGGCAAAUGAA